AUGGGGGCGUCCGAAUCUCUCCUGUCUAGGCAGCAGCUGCAGCAGCCGCGGCCGCAAUGGGCCGAUGAGAUCACGACGGUGAUCGAGGGCCAGCGCGACGCCGCCGACGCCGAUCCCCUCGUCCGCCGCAUCCGGUCUCUCACCAUAGCUCCACCGCUAUUGAGCUCUCAAUCUGAAGCGGAGGCAGAGAGCAGCCUCACCGAUAUCCUCGUCCGGAAGCCCUCUAUCUCCUCAGCCACCUCUGGAAAUCUGAACCCAAAUGUCCUAGCUGAGCUUUUCUCCAUGUACCGCGAAUGGCAAGAAGAGAAUGCCAAGAAAAUUAGCCGAAAACAGGAGGAGAUAGAAAACAAGAUAGAAACAGCUGAUGCAUUGGCAGUUAAGCUUCUCCAGCGGUUCAACUAUUCUCUUACUUCCAUGAGAUCCACCUCCUACAAUCUUUCUGAAGUUCAUCCAUUGCAGAUUGAAGUUGGUGAGUUGAAGGGCAGGUUAACUGAAGUUAUAAGCAACUGCGAUGCACUGUGCAAGAAAAUUGCUGCAGAAGGACCGGAAAGCAUACGAUCAUCUGUUCAACCUUUCAUGCCUGCUAGAGUGGAGGCAGAAGGUAGCGGUUCACUUGACCCAAAACAAGAGUCCUGA